CAGGAUAUCUGGGGCCGUAUGUAUAAAGCCGCUCAGAGUAAAAUUUUUGUCUUAAGUGUGUCAAAAUUCUAAGAAUGACGUAAUUUUCCUCUCAUUUCUAGACUUAAGAAUAAGAGUGAUUCAUAAAGGUUUCUAAGUGUUAAGAUUAGGUCUCAGCUCCUAAAUGAUUUAAGAGAGCUGGAGGUCUCCUAACUUAGUUGGGAGUAACAAGAUGGCAGCAAAGAGGAGGAGACACACACUUUCCAAUGAAGAUACGAUGCACUGGAGUUACAGUAUAUGAUGAUAUGGAGUUGAUAAAAUGAUACAAACUUGAUCGUUAUGAUAGUCAAUUUUUUUUGUAACUGACAAAGCAAGAAAUUUAAAUAACUUCUUCAACUCUAAAAACCAACGCUCUAACUGAAGAAAUGAAAGUAGUAAUGACAUUUUUUUGGCUGGAAAAUUGGAAAAAUGCAGCAAUGCACCGGUGAUGACACAGUAAGCAGGGUCUUACAUAUUGUGGCACUAACGGCACAAAACACAACAGUGGCCAAAAGUGAUGUGUGGAUUUUUUUUUUCUUUUUCUAUGACACCACAUUUCACUUAAACCAUUAAAAUACAAAAGGACAAAAAAAAAAAAAAAAAAAACACUGACCAGUGUUGCCAACUGCUUUCAAUUGAAAGUAGCUACAACUGGUCACUGGUGUUGAGUAUUUGCUGAGUUACAGUUCAUUUUAGUGACAUUUCUAAAAGCAGUUCGCGGAGACGGAGAAGACAGAGAGUGUACCCUGUUUGUUUUAUUUAUUUUUUUCCAAAAGCACAAAGUUUUGUUGUUAUUGGGAGUGUACACAAAUAAAAGUAGACACUUAACAGUUUUGAUUGAUGUAUAACACUUAUUUGUGUGACCAAAAUCAACAGAGCAUUUUUAGUGUAUUUUGCACUGAUCUUAAAAAAACCGAGCUGGUAUUGCCGGCGAUACAGCCGACCCCAGAGAGUUAAUGUUGCUAGAUGACCUCAUAAAGGUGAGUUCACUGAUCUAUAUUUAUAUUUAUUUACUGUAGAUCAGUGAACUCACCUUCAUGACAUCAUGUAAGAGUCUGGUAAUGUAGAUAAGAUUUGUCCAAUAAAUUGAUUUUGUUGCUAGGCUUUUGAAAAAAAGUCUCUAAAGGGGUGAAGAAGUCACUAAAUCUAGAGAUAAAAUCACUAAAUUGGCAACAUUGGCACACUAACUACAAUAUAAGUUAUUAACAUUUCAUUGGUCCUCUUGUUUUUGCAUGUGUUCAUAAUUUCUUUGUAUGACAGCAUGGCCGAAAAUUAUGACCGCACAAUUUGGCAUGUUUCAUUGCAUUAUCAUCACAAAUAAAACAACAGACUGUAAGCAACUAUGCAAUAUGCUUACAAAAUCUUGAACAAUUUUUUUUUUUUUUUUUUUAUUAAAAGGUGAAGAUGUCAAAUUUCCUAGGCCGGCCAUCACUUUUGGCCACUACUAUAUGGCAGUUUAUUGACUUUUCAACUGACCACCAAAUCAUAUUGCAAAAACAAGCCACUUUUUUGAGGAUUGUGGGCUUUCCUGGAAUUGUUGGAGCCAUUGAUGGAACUCAUGUUCAGAUCAUUGCUCCAACUGUAAACGAGGAGACAUAUCAAUAGAAAAUAAAGCAUCAGUAAUACUUUGUGAUAAUUUUGCACAAUGCAAAGCCUUUAAAUAUUAAAAUAUUUCAGUGUCUUAAAUUAUUUUAAUGUAGUUACAUUAAUGAUUGGUGUUGUGCUGCUGUGACUUCACAUGAGCAGGCUCACUAUUGGCUGAUUCAGAGGUCGAGGUCAGCCAUUUUGUGUUGACAUCAUUGUAGUCCUUAGUUUACAACACUUCAGUGUCACCUCAGUCAACACUUAAGAAUCAGUCUCAGACUUUACUGAAAGUUGCUUUUAGCUUCUUUAUAAAAGUAUCCUACUCUUAGAAAAGUCCUACUUUUUACUAAGAAUUUUUUGACACUUAAGUCAAAGCUUAAGACUAUUCUUAAGAGUAUUUCUGAGAAGUUUUAUACAUACAGGCCCUGGUCAUCUGUACUGAGACACUGAUGAUACACUGAACAUGAAGAGUUCAGCUACAUGAACAGAUUCAUAAUUCCUGAUUCUGAUGUGUUUUAUCUCCAUCAGAUUCCCAUCAGCUCACUCUGGAUCUGAACACAGUGAAUAAACACCUCCGUCUGUCUGAGAACAACAGAGUGAUUACAUACACUGGAGAAAAAUGGAAGAAGCCAGGAUUUUGGUGAAUGAGUUCACGUGUGCAGUGUGUCUGGAUCUCCUGAAGGAUCCAGUGACCAUCCAGUGUGGACACAGUUACUGUAAGAGCUGUAUUACAGACUGCUGGGAUCAGGAGGAUCAGAUGAGAGUCUACAGCUGCCCUCAGUGCAGACAGACCUUCAGUCCAAGACCUGCUUUAGCUAGAAACACCAUGCUGGCUGAAGUGGUGGAGAAACUGAAGAAGACCAAACUCUCUGCUGACUGUGACGCUGGAGCUGGAGAUGUUCAGUGUGACGUCUGUACUGGAAGAAAAUACAAAGCUGUCAAGUCCUGUCUGGUGUGUCUGAACUCUUUCUGUCAGAAUCACCUCGAACAACAUGAGAGUUUGUUUAAAGGAAAGAGACACAAUUUGACUGAAGCCACUGGACGACUGCAGGAGAUGAUCUGCCAGAAACAUGAGAAGCUCCUCGAGGUUUUCUGUCGCACUGAUCAGAAAUGUAUAUGUGUGCUGUGUACGACGGAUGAUCAUAAAAACCACGACAUUGUAUCAGCUGCAGCACAGAGGACAGAAAAAAAGAAGCAGCUGAAGGAGACGCAGAAGACGCUCCAGCAGAGAAUCCAGCAGAGAGAGAAAGAUCUCCAGCAGCUGAGAGAGGCUGUGGAGUCUCAGAAGCGCUCUGCACAGACAGCAGUGGAGGACAGUGAGAGGAUCUUUACUGAGCUCAUCCGCUCCAUUGAGAGAAGCCGCUCUGAGCUGAUACGGCUGAUCAGAGAUCAGGAAAAGCAAGCAGUGAGUCGAGCUGAAGGACGACUGGAGCGACUGGAGCAGGAGAUCAAUGAUCUGAGGAGGAGAGACGCUGAGCUGGAGCAGCUUUCACACACACAGGAUCACAUCCAGUUCCUGCAGAGUUUCCAGUCUCUCUCAGCUCCUCCUGAAACUAGAGAAGAUCCCUUAAUUUCUCUCGUCUCUUCUGAUGAUCUGAGAGAAUCUGUCCAUCAGCUGAGAGACAAACUGGAGGAUUUCUGCAAAGAGGAGCUCAAGAAGAUCUCAGACAGAGUCACAUUCAUCAAGACCAGGAUUGACUUCCUACAGUAUUCCCAUCAGCUCACUCUGGAUCUGAACACAGUGAAUAAAUCCCUCCAUCUGUCUGAGAACAACAGAGUGAUUACAUACACUGGCACAGAUCAGUCGUAUCCUGAUCAUCCAGACAGAUUUGAUGGUUGGUAUCAGGUGUUGUGUAGAGAGAGUGUGUGUGGACGCUGUUACUGGGAGCUGGAGUGGAGUGGAGAUGGUGUGUUAAUAUCAGUGUCAUAUAAGAGCAUCAGCAGGAAGGGACAGGGUAAUGAGUGUGGGUUUGGAUGUAAUGAUCAGUCCUGGAGUUUGAUCUGCUCUUCCUCCAGAUACUCAUUCAGACACAAUAACAUAGUGACUGCUCUCUCUGUGAAGCCCAUUAUCAGUAGAACAGUACAGUAUAUGAAUUACAGUAGAAUAGGAGUGUUUGUGGAUCACGGUGCAGGAACUCUGUCCUUCUACAGCGUCUCUGACACAAUGAGCCUCAUCCACACAGAACACACCACAUUCACUCAGCCGCUCUAUCCUGGGGUUAAUGUUUAUUGUAGAGGAUCAUCAGUGAAACUGUGUUGAUGAAUCAGAAUAGACUGAUGACAGAUUCUACACAUAAUGCUUUGAGCUGCAUGAUGAAACAGUAACAGUGAGAUGUUAUAGAGUCUCUUCUUUUUUCUUCAUGACAUUAAUACUGCAGCUGAACUUGUCACUGAAAUAACAUGUCAGAAUAAAUGUGUGUAAUAAUUCCUCAUAUAGACAGUAAGAUCAGUGUGUGUGAGUCCUGCUGAGUGACCAUGUGUUCCUGUGUUUUUCUCAAACUCUGUUUGUGUUGAUGGAAAUCAACUAUUUAAUUUCUAAUGUAGUGUCAGAUCAAUCAUUUUUAUUACAACUAUCAAAAUAAUUAAUUCAUACGAAGAGUCACCAUAAUAAUUGGAAUACCAGUGUGUGUGUGUGUGUGAGUGCACACACAUGAGCUUCUGAACAUUUGAGUUUUAUUUAUUUUUUUAAAUAAGAUAAACCUAAAAAACCAAGGUGUCAAGGUGAACAUUUUCACUGUAAACUAGUGUUGUCAAAAGACCCGGUACUUCGGUACCAAGUCGGUACUAAAAAAAUGAAAACAUCACGGUACCAGGUUUUUUUAAGUACCGGUGGUACCGAGUACCUGGUCAACCCGGUUCUUGACGCAUACGGCCCGAUGAUUUCCGUGAUGCAGAAAACGCGGACGGAAUCUCGGAAUCCAGUUAUAAAAACGGAAUUUACAGUUUAGCACGGAAUGUCACGGAAUUUGUCAAAGUGUUUUUCAUUGGUAUCGUUACCGAAUACUGAAAUUUUGGUACCGUGACAACACUACUGUAAACAGAGAAGAAAAUUGGCAAAAUACAGUGAAAAACAAGGAACUACUUCAAAGUUCAUUAGAACAACAAGAAAAUUUCACCUGGAAAAUAAUGUCAGUAAAGACAGACAACUGUUUAUAUAUGAAGACUCAAUAGCCCCUUUCACACAGUAAUACCAGUAACUUGCCAUAAAAUCACCGAAAUGACUUUACUGGUAAAUUCAAAAAUGCACUGUUCACACAGGAAACAGCACUCCAUCUUUUUUCCGGUAAAGCACCGUUCACACAUCGGUUUCAAAUUACCAGUCAAUUCAGUGACAUCAUUAAACAGAAAUGAUCUCCUCCCAGUCAGUGUUUUUGUUGAUGUCUGCAUCAGAAUGUUAUGAUUGGCCCAGAGUAGACGUCUUACAUUAGCUUGUACGUGCUCAUACCGGUAAUCUUCAUCCUGUGGUCAUACACCGCAGAAUUCUGGCAAUUUACGGGUAAUGCACCGAAUGUUCGGCAACAGAAAUUAUUCAGCCGAAAAUGGCAAAAAAAAAGCUCUUUCGGUGUUCGCCCAAAUAAGCGCACAGGUCGAAUAAAUUGUACCGAACAAUGACGUGAUGCGAUCAAAUACAGGCACGCGCUAAUGCACCAAACAUGUCAGCAGUGUGAAAGCAUUUAAAACUGUCCGAGAAAGAUGCAAAAAUCAUUACAAGCACCGACAGCGAGAGACUGCUUAGUGCUGCGUCUCCAUGAAUGAAUGAAUGAGGCAUUUAUAUGAGGGGUCUCUCCUCAACCACCACCAGUGUGCAGCAUCCACUUGGAUGAUGCGACGGCAGCCACAGGACACCGGCGCCAGUGCGCUCACCACACACCGCCUCCAUCUCAUGUCUGGUUGUUGCUGGUUACUGUAUGAUGAUUAAAAUCGCGAAAUGGCUGUAAACAAUUAUUAAAUAAACUGCAGAAUGUUUUUUAAUACAUGCA